AUGGCUUCCAUGAGCGAGGAGGAGCGUCUCAAGGCCGAGAUCGCCAAGCUCUCGGGCGCCAUUCAGACACACAAGCAGCAACACCAUCAGCCAUUUUCAGGAGGAGCAUAUGCACCGCGAGGGCGCGGUCACUACUCGGCAGCCUCCACUCCCAGCUAUCGUGGCGCAUACACUGGUGGCCGAGGUGGCUUUCAUCCUGGAGCCAGUGCUGCAAGAGGCAGAGGUCGAGGUGCGGCAGCCAUCCCGUUGCGCAACCGAACUUUGAUCCUCAAUGACUCGAGCAGCAAAGGUGCAGCGUCCGCUACAGCUUCCACCAUCUCUACGAUAGACAAGCCCAACACUGUAGACGCAGCAACAGCAGCCUCUUCCGGCUCUGUCACAUCUUCACCUUCCAGCAGCAAUGCAGCUUCAUCCGCAGCAGCAGCAGCAGGUACGACAGACGGUUGGAUCAAGCGCAAGUCAACACACAACAUGAGCCUGGUCAGCACCUCCACAUUUCAGCGCACCGAACCUGCCCGCUUAGCAGCCAUGGAAGCCACACGCAAGGCUAAAGCCCAAGCCAAAGCUGCAGCGGCAGCCGCAGCAUCUUCAUCGUCGACGUCCGGCAAACUGGCGGUCAGAGGCAAAUCCGCAAAGCCCUCCUCUUCCGUUCGUCGAGGCGACAACAUGGGCGAAGUCGUCAUCGAUGGUGUCGUGUUCGAAUUCGAUCCAUCAGGCACAAAGCUCGUCAAAAAACCUAUUCAACCUUCUUCCUCGGAAAACACGCAAAGCACUGCCGCCGCAUCAUCGGCAUCCGCAGCAGGCGCGUCGACGUCUGCUGCGGUCCCGCUCAAAACGAGCAUCAAUGGUCAAGACUACAUUCGCACAAAGCGCGGAAACCUUAUCUCGGCUGAACUGCUGGCCAAGCGCAAAGCACAGCGCGAAGCACAGGCCAAAAUGGGCCGACUCGACAAGAUGGUCGGCCAGAUCUCGGCGAUGCAAGCUACGCGCAAUGCUUCGGCUCGCGCCAACAAAGCGAGGUCUCGAACGUUGGAUGUGAAAAAGGCCCGUACGCUGUGUACAUUUUUCAACAAGACGGGACAGUGCAAACGUGGUCUUUCGUGUCCCUACCUGCACGACUCGUCCAAGAUCGCCCUGUGUCCCAAAGUGCUUCGACCUGCCGGCUGCACGUUGCCCAAAGGAACGUGUCCGCUAUCGCACACACCCAGACCGGAGCGCGUGCCGCAUUGCGUACACUAUCUGCGCUCGGGCAAGUGCAGGAAUGGCGACGAGUGCCUGUAUACGCAUUCGGACAAGCUGCCGAACGGGUUGGCGACCAAGAUCUGCCGCGACUUUAGCGACUAUGGCUGGUGCGAGCGCGGCAAAGAUUGCUCAGAGAGACAUACGUACGAAUGUCCGGACUUUGUCGAGAAGGGCAAGUGCGAGCGAAAAGGGUGCAAGUUGGUGCACGUCAUCCGCGCCAGUCAGCCUAGCGAUCCCCAUCUCGGUGCCCCAGAACACGAAGAACCUGCAGGCGGAGGGGUGCAGGAUGGCGACCUCUUCAUGCGCGACGAUGCAGCUGCCGCCGAAGAAUCGCAAGACGAGCACCACGAGUCAUCUCGAACAGGCAAACGCAAACGGCCGCUCAUGCAGACCGAGCUCGACGACGAUCAACUGCUGUUACCCGAGGAUGAUGACGACGAUCACGAUGGCCAAGAGGAAGACGACGAACAAGUCAAUUUCGCCAACGCACACGACAGCCGCAAGGCUAAGCGCAGAAAGGCCAAGGCGUUCACUCAGCAGAAGGAUUUCAUCUCGUUUGACGACGACGUGGAUGACGAAGAGGAGGCUGAGGAUGACGAGGAGGACGACGAGAGUGAGAUGGACGGAGAAGUUUCUGAUGGCGACGAAGAUGAGCAGGAGGGAUUGGAAGCAGGCAGUGUGCACAGUGAGGAUUUCGAGCUCAGCGACGGUGGUGGGGAGGAGGACGAGGAGGAUGAGGAGGGCGAGAAGGAUGAGGGGGAGGAUGAGAAGGAUGAGGACGAGGACGAGGGAGAAGACCAAGAUAAGGAGGAGGAGGAGGAAAUUAUCGCGCAUUCAGGAAAGCCACCCGCUCAUCAAGGGGAUGACGACGACGAUGAUGACUUGGUGGAUCGAGACCUUUGA